CGUUAAAGAAGAUGUUCUCUGGCGGCCCGAAGCUUCCUCAGGUUCCAUCAAGGACCGGUUCUGUCUAUUUAACUAACACAAAAAUUACAUUGAAUUUUAUCGGGUGUUUAUCUCAACAUUUGGUAAUAGGUAGUAGAUUGUCUAUAUCUUUAUAAUAGUAUUCAGUGUAUUUUUAUUUCCGAUACAAUAUAAUAAUUCUUUUAUCAUAAUCAUUUUUUUGUUUCUGACUCAUUCCGAAAUGAAUUUUACUUUUCAAUCCAAAACAUUCUCCACUUGAAUAGCCUUGGAAUAUUAUAUCAUACUUGUAUUAGCUUCCAAUUUCUAAAAAUUAUUUUAAUGUUAGAUGCAACUCAAAACAAACAUAAACUAAAUAAAUACUUCAGUGUCCCAAAUACAUUGUUUUUAGGUAUCUUCAUUUUUUUCCAAUGUAUAUUCUAGGUUUCUAACAACGAUAACAUGUGAAAUAAGCGUUUUAGAAGAUUCUAUAUGUAUGUGCUAUCUAAAAUUUAGCUACCAGAAGCAUAGAGAACAAAACAUAAAUCUAAAACAAGGAGCAUCAUAUAAACUGUUUGGGAAUAAAUUAUUUAGCAGCAUAUAUAGUUUAAUGUUGACGAAUUUGUAACUCCAAGUAUAAAUUACUUGCUAAAGUUUAUCAAACUAUAAUCAUGUGGUAUCUGAUCUCUAAUCGACAAAGAUCCUGAUGAUGAACACUUCCUCGCAACGCGGUUCAAUAAGAUGAACAUUUCUUGAUGUAUGGUUUAAUGCACUCUUAAAAACACAGGUUGAUCAACUAAAAUGGGAAAAUAUUUUUGCUCAUGUAUUUUGUAUAGAAAUUGAAAAAACAAUAAUAUUAACGUGUUUACUUCAAUAAUUGGGAUCAUAUUAUGAAAUUCUUGCUUUUAUAAUAAUAUUAUUGGAAACAAAAUUCUUAUAUUGCGGCCGUUUAUGCCUCUUUCCACAUGUUGCAAAUAGUUUAAAGAAGCAAGCUUUUCUUUAAAAGAUAUUAUUAUUUUUUAUUCAUCUAUAAAAACCAAUCAACUUCUGCAUCUUUCCCUGUGGAUACACCCCUUCUCUCUCUACACAUAACUCCAACAAAAAGUGUUUCUCUCUCAGUUAAGACAAACAGAGAAAAGGUACAAAGUCUCGAUCUCUUUGAAUUUCUCUUUGUGGGUCUCUCUGUUUCAAUAUGGACGGCAAAAGAAGCUUUGAGAUCAAUAAGAACAUGGGAGAUUUCGAGAACAACGUGGAUGACGAAAUGGACCUAAGGAGAGGUCCAUGGACGGUUGAGGAAGAUUUCAAGCUCAGCAAUUACAUUUCUACUCUUGGAGAAGGCCGAUGGAACUCUCUAGCUCGUUGCGCCGGUCUCAAAAGAACCGGAAAAAGCUGUAGAUUACGGUGGUUGAACUAUCUCCGGCCAGACGUCCGCCGUGGAAACAUAACCCUUGAAGAACAACUCUUAAUUCUUGAACUUCACUCCCGUUGGGGCAAUAGAUGGUCUAAGAUUGCACAAUAUUUACCAGGAAGAACAGAUAACGAGAUUAAAAACUACUGGAGAACACGUGUGCAAAAGCAUGCGAAACAGCUUAGAUGCGACGUCAACAGUCAACAGUUUAAAGACACUAUGAGGUAUCUUUGGAUGCCUCGUCUAGUAGAGCGGAUCCAAGCCGCCUCCGCUUCAUCCACCACUGGUUCUGCUGCCAAGUCUUGUGUCACCACCACCACAGAUCAGUUCGUGAUCACGUCAUACGACGACGGAGCCAACAACAACAAUACCAGCAUAGACCAUUUGGGUUUAACGAACAACCCUAAUGGUUACGUCACGUCGGGAACUUCAAGCGUGACAGUAUCUCCGGCGUCCGGUUUGACGGAGUAUAAUAUAGGCAGUGAAGUGGGAAAGAUUGAAACUAGUUUUGAUCCGGAUCAGAGUUUGGUGGGUCCACAAAUCCUGUUGCCAUCGCAAAACUACCUGGAUGAUAAAAGUGGAUUAUUAAACGGAGGUUUAAGGGAUAUGCAGGAGCAGAGCUAUCACAAUUUGUUUGAAAAUAUUAAUGGAAUGAUACCUUCUUAUUCGGACAGUUUCUGGAACAUUGGAAGUGAUGAAGACUUUUGGCUCUUACAGCAGCAGCAGCAACAACAACAACAGCUCCUCAACAAUAGAAGCUUCUGAAUAGACAAAAUAAUUAUCUAUAAAGAAAAAAGAAUAGUGAAGUGGAUUAACUAGUGUGUGAAAGAAAUUGGUGUUAAAGGAAAAAAAAAACUUAUAUUUGAAAAAGGAGGGUUUCAUAUAUAUUUUUGGAGUUAUUUUGAUGA